AUGCCUUACGAUAUCUUCAGGACCGAGCCGGAGUUGGUCCAGUCCCAACCACUCCGUAAAUCCGUCAACUUGGCCAGUUUGACCACCGCCUCGCUCGAACUGUCCACCAUCCAUCCCGCCUCACAGAAGCGCGAACGAGACGAGUACGAAGAAGAGUCCGAGGCCUCCUACGACGCGGACGAAGAGGAUGAAAGCUUUUUGAAACCGGAAUCGAAACCGGAAGUCCUCACCAGCUCACCCUUCGACACAGACGACGAAUACGAAGGCCCGACCUUCCAAGAAUACAAGGUAGUCAUCGCCGCCGCCGCCGCCACUCCUGAGCCUGGCAAGGUAUACACCGACGUCGACGAGGCGCGCGUUUUGAACGGCAUCGCCUCUGUCAAGUUCUUCAACUGGCUUGGCGAGAAGGACAGAGACCUCUGGGACUGGGUCACCGAUAACUGGGGCGUCGACAGAUCCGGUCGGCUGUUCAAGUUGAAGGAGCAGAGAUGCUACAUAUUGUAUGAGGGCGAGGAUGAGGGCAAGGAUGACAACUUUGUUAGGGCCUUUCAGAUCGCAUACGACGAGAUCAGGGCCAAAGAACAAGUCAUCGACCUGACCACCAAGCUCUUGGAGGAAAUUUUGUCUCUGCACUCCCUCCCUGUUUUCGACAACUUCAAAUGGAUCUCCUUCAUCGCCCUUUGCCGCCGUGUCACAGACAAGUCCCUCGGUCCUGGUUUCCUCGGAAACCAGCAACUUCAAGACCUCGCCACCCAGUGCCGCGCUCUUUACCGGUCCGCUGACACAGCCAUCAAGUUAGUCGAUCUGCACACCACCGCUUUGGUGUCUGCGCCGUCCGAGUCGGUGGGAGGUAUCAAGACCAAGAUGGAGGAUUUUCCUGAGAUUGGAAGGUCGUUGGAGGUUCUCGGCUUGAAUGGGGUGCAGGAUUUCUUGAGGCUGGAGGGUAUGGUGGAGGGACGUGGAGGGGAUAAGGAUAAGGAAGGGAUUGUGAGGUUUUUUGAGGAGAGGAAGGAGGGGGUUAGGAGGGUUAGUGAGAUGGCGAGGAGGGUGCGGGAGGUUGUUUUGAGUAAUGGGGGUGGUGCCGUGAUGAGGGUUUGA